ACAUGGCCCUAGUGUGUGGCUUAGGGUUGGGGGACCAUUAGGCACCACAGAUAUAGAUCUCUGUUUCUGUGUACAGGGAACACAGGGAUCUGUAUUGGUACCUGCAUAUGUAGGGGAUUGUAAGGAUUGUCCUUAUGCUAUCCACUGGACUGAAUCAAUAGUGCAGACUCCACACCCAGCACCUGAUCACCAGUUACACAAUCCUACUGGACAUCAUAGACAGCUUUUCCUUGUAUUGAAAUACAUUUCACAUCUGUGUAACAGGAUCCACUGGCAUAUCUACAAUGAGCACCCAAAGUAUGGUCUCAUCUCAUCCUACUCAUACAAACUGCUCAUCAUGAAUCAUCAGAAACAUUGCACAGGAUCUGACUUUAAUGUAGGAAGAUGUUUUGAAGAUGUAGUAGAAUACAUAUUCAAUCAAUUUAGAGGAGAUGAUGAUGAUUCAGAUCAAUACAGACUAAAGGUUGAUCACAUUUUUCUACCAGAUACAUACUACCCUGAUAGGGAGGUGAGGGUUGUGGAUGGUAUAGGCAAUAGUUUGGAACUGACUGUACUAUUGUGGGUGUUGAAACAUGUCAAACACAGCAGUGGCACACUAUGGUGGCAGAAACUACUAGAUGAUGACUUCCCAAACAAUGUCUCAAGUGGUGAUGUUUUAUUACAAUCCUUGUUAGAUUCAGUCAAACAUGUGCGGGAUGCAUUUCCACAUGGAGUGAACCUAGAUUGGCAGCAUGAGGAUGGCACAAGGACACAUUUCACAAUCACCUGGUAUUAAAUGUCUAACAUCACCAGAACAUUGAAGUGAAUUAUAUAAACACAGAACUUGAAUUAUUUCAUUAAACACAGACAUGCAUUUAAUAUUAAACAACAUAAUGCAUCAAUUUAAGAACACCCAUCAGUUAUUUUUUGGAUAAAUCAAAGCACAUAUACUCUCAUAAUUGUCUAUAUUUUUAAGGAGUUUUGCUCAAAAAUUGAUCUCGAUGUACUAAUACUGUAAAUACUAUAGGAUCAACAUCCAGUUCAGAAAUUGAAAAGACCAAUUGACAAAUGAAUUGUAAAAUAUACAAAUAAAUUAUAAAAUGUACAAAUGAAUCGUAAAAUAUACAAAUGAAUCAUAAAAUGUACAAAUAAAUUGUAAAAUGUACAAAUAAAUUGUAAAAUGUCAAACCAGUGAUGUUUGUAUAGAUUUCCUUCAAUGUUUCAUGGUAGUUUCAUUUUAAUGAAAUUUUCUUUUAUUCAUUUAAUCUUUUUCAUUGUUAUAAUUUAUGAAGAUAAAUUUCAUGUAACUAAAGUCAAAAAUGUUUUUAUUUUAAAUGAUCAGUAAAAUUCAUUAUUGCUUUCACUCUUUAAAAAGGAUUAAGGAUUGUUAUGAAAGCAAAACAAAAUAAAGCCACCUCCAAAACUUCACAAAAGUUCAUGCAAAAAAAUCCCUUUCCAAUAAAAAAUGCAUGUAUUAUUAUUAAUAUUUUUGAUGUACAUAUAUCUCAAUAUACAGAUUUACUCACAUAACUGAUUAAUAUUAAUAUGCAUAUGUACAUUAAUGAGAAAUGUAUUUAACUUAGGAAAUAAUCUGUUAAUGACAUCAUAUACAUCAUCAUACAUCAUAUACAGAUAAUGAAAUUAUGGAACUAAAACUACAAAAUUAAUUUCAAGAUAUAAGAGAAUACAUGUAGUUGAUUUAUAUGAUUGCAUUUCUCCAAAUGUGCAUCUCUAAACUAAAGGUACAUUUCUAAAGGUGCAUCUCCAAAGAUGCAUCUACAAAUCAGCCAUCCGCAAUUAGAUGUCUACCUCAAAACCUUUCAAUAUUGAAGUUUUAUUUCCAUGUAUUCUGAUUACUUACUGUUUGGCACCAGUAUUCCAAUUAUAAGCGUCCCAAUC